AUGGUAGGCACUUCAGCAAGUGACGUAGCUCCCGCUUGGUUUUCAGCAUAUGAGGCCAGAGUCCUGGCUAGGGAAGAUGCUUUUAGGGCUGAGCUCUUAAAGAAUUUGACUGGACACAAUGAUAGGAUUGCAGCUUUAGAAACCACUGUUCAUAGGCUUAACAUUGCUUUGAGUGAUUCGCGUGAGGUCUUACUGUUGGGCAUACCCACUCAAGUCGAGCUAACAGACCUUGAGGCUGCUGAUAAAGUUUUUACAGCCAUGGGACUCGUAAACUACAGUAAAUUUGUUCUUCGUACACGCCCAUGGACCACACCUGAUCGUACCGGGUCCUCUCGGCCGGCGGCUGCUGUCGCAUCAAAAGGCAUGGCUCUUGAGCUGAGUUCAGCUUCAGCUCGUGAUAUGGCCGUGCAGCAUUCAAUGAAGUUGAAAGACCUUUCUGCUCAGAGUAUCUUCGGUAUGGGUGGGCCCACCAAAUUGUACUGCCGUACUCUCUGGCCUAAAGAAAUUCAUCAACUGCUUUCACGUGCAAGAGCUGAGCAGCACGCCCUCAAGCUGCGGCCACCAUAUGUCAAGAACUACACAGUUUAUCUUAGAUCAACUCAGGGUGCUUCGCCGGUACCUGUCCGCUCUCUUCAAGAGCUGGCAGCUUUGAACCGGGACAUUACGCCUCUGUUGGACCGCAUCAAAGAGGGUGGCGGUGGGGGUGGUGUCGGAGCUUAUAUUAAAAAACAAUACAAGUUUGCAUCGGUUGCACAAUCUGACCCUCUCUUUGAUAAUACUCCGGAAUCCAUUUUGCUCUCGCUUGAGAUACAGAAUUAUUCAAUACUUUUUGCUGUGGUCUACCGGAGACCCGCGGCCUCCUUUCCGCUGCUUUUUUUCGACGUCCUCGCUGAGCAUGCGCCUUCUUUUGACCAAGUGAUCAUAACCGGGGACUUCAAUAUUGAUUUCUGUACUGUUACCGACGCGUCCAAAUUCUUUCGUGACAGAUUAUCCGAGCUUGCAUUGUGCCUGGUACCUUCGGAGCCCACUCAUCAUGUUCUAUGGAGAGACCCACCGUCCCACACAUGGCUUGACGUAUUCGUGGUUGCUGAUUCUUCGGACAUAGUCUCCUAUAAGAAGUCAGUUUCGCCAUUUAUUACGAGACAUGACUGGAUAAAAUUGGUGCUCAAGGUUGGCGGUAGGCGGGCUACUAAGACCAUUAGAAUUAGGGACCUGGGGCGUGUUAAUCCAACCGUGCUGUGUAGCGCUCUUGAACGUUCGCUUAUCGUCCUUUGUCCCGUGGAUAGCGGCGCUUGUCAGGCAGACGAUAUUGACACUUUUGCAUCGCGGCUCUCCUUGCAAAUACUCUGUGCCUUCGAUGAGAUCUCGCCGCUCACUGAGUUACAUCUCUCCACCAAAAGGAAACCUUGGAUGACGAGUGAAAUAAGAAGCAUGUUCCGUGAUUGUGACCGAACUUAUAGAAGGGCCCGCCAAAUGGGGCGCCCUGAGGAUGUGGCGGAAUUUAGGAGGUUGCGGGCACGUGCUUCCAAUGCAAUCUGCACAGCCAAGAAUAGGCACAUUGCGCUGGUGAUUGAUCGUGCACCGGACGCGAGAGCAAAGUGGCGAGCAUUUAGAGGGCUUGGUCUUUCAUCUCAGCAGUUGCCGUCCCCGCUCGACCUGUUCAACCCCAAUAAGCUCAAUAAUGCCUACGCUGCCCGCACCAGAGCGAUCAUCACCCCCGCGUCUGAUAGGCCUAUCAUACCGGUACCUUUUCUUCCCCUGCCCCAACCUCCAGGGAGCAGAUUCUCAUCUAGUCAUACGACUGCUAUUGAGGUGCGUACUGAACUGUUGCGCUCUUCUUCUUCUGCUCUUGAUCUCUAUGGUUUGUCGCCCAGGAUGGUUAAGCUUGCUGCUCCCGUGCUUUCUGUUACCCUUGCUAGGUUCUUCAAUGCGUGUAUCGAUGCUUGCCAUUUUCCGUUGCCUUGGAGACGUGCUCUACUUUCUCCGUUGGCCAAAAUUAGAGCUCCUCUUUCGCCGGCGGACACCAGACCGAUUGCCCUUCUACCAGCGCUGUCAAAGGUUUUCGAACGGAUCCUCUACCUGCAAAUUGUCCGGCACUUGCACAGACAUGGUCUUUCGGACCCACGACAAGCUGGGUUUAGAAGCGGACACAGUACACAGACUGCUUUGCUCAGGGUCACUGACGAUAUAAGGAUAGCCAUUGAUCAACGUAAGGUGACCCUGUUAGUCCUGUUUGACUUCUCGAAGGCCUUCGAACUGGUACCUCAUGACAAAUUGCUGCAAAAACUUCACAGAUUGGGCUUUGACGAUCUUGCAAUUGCGCUUAUUAGGUCCUAUCUGUCAGGCCGGGUUCAGGCGGUCGGUGCCAAGGGUCGUGCUCUAUCUGAAUUUAGACCGGUUGAGGCUAAUGUUCCGCAAGGGAGUGUGUUGGGACCUCUGUUGUUUGCGCUUUUUAUUAAUGAUCUGCCACGUGUGCUCAAACACUGCUCCCACAUGAUUUACGCUGAUGACAUUCAGAUUUACCUACACUGUUUUCUGGCUGACCUGGUGGGGGGUGUUGCACUGUCGUCGGAGGACGGGUCUGCGGUUGUCAACUGGUCGGUGGAGAAUGGCCUUGCCCUUAAUACUAAGAAGACCAAAGUGAUGCUGCUGGGUAGCUAG